AUGGACAGCUCAAUACUAAGUUUCAAAGAGGUGGCUAACGAAAUUGACGAAGAACAAGAUAAUAGUGAAGCUGGCCAACUCUAUAUAGGAAAAUCAUUUUUGUCAUGGGAAGAAGUAACUCUGUUUUUAGAUGAGUAUUGCAAACAGCAGGGCUUUGGCUAUCGCAAAGGUCAUUCUAAAAAAAGUAAUGAUCAAGAUGUUAAGAAGCGAACAUUUCUCUGUCGAUAUUCAGAAACUUUUGUUUCAAAUAAAACAGCACCACCUGAGGAACAGCGUAAUACACCAUCGUGCAGAAAUAGGCUUGAAGUUGAUAAUUUUGAACGUCACUACUCUGAACUAGUUGAAAGUUAUUCUAUUGCACAAAAUUAUCUUAGAUAUUUGUACAAAAGUAGGAAAGCAUGGGCACGGUAUUAUACAAGCUCCUAUUUUACUGCUGGUAUGCAGUCGACAAUGACAUUAUUUGAAGAUAGUGAGUGUAUUACAAAGUUUUUACAGGAACGCCAGACUAACAGUGAGUUCAUAUUAUGGAAGGAGUCAAUGCUACUUAUAUCAUUACCAAAUAUUUACAACACAAUUUUUUCAAAUAUUGAUGUUGAACUUCGUGCUUUUAUAUCUUUACCGAUUGUUAAUAAAAUGCGAGAACAAAUGAAUCUUAGUUUUUUGUAUCGAGCAAAGGAAUCAACUAAUGAUUUUGCUUUUGAACAAGAUAGACAAGUGGAUUGUGAGACAUCGUGCUUAGAUGAGAUCUUUGAUUUACCUCAAGUAAGCACAAGCCGAAUUUUUCGUGAAUUUUAUGAUCAGAUUGUUUCUAUUUGGGAAGUAUUCCAUAUUAGCAUGAUUAAUCGACAUUGGUACAAAGACCAAUUUUACAAUAGCAAUGUUGAUGAUAGACAAUUUAUUCAGCUAGGAAUUCCUAACAAUGACCACAAUUAUUUUCUUAUGAAAUGGACACCCAGCUCAAGUAUUGAUGUACACAGAUUCUCAUAUAAUGAAAUAGAACAAGUACAGUCUCACAUAAAAGAAAAGCAAUGUUAUGCAAAGGUUUUUGGGCUUGCCAAAGCAUUAGUAAAUAAAGCUAUUGAAUUUGAGUUGGACAAAAAGUUAAUUGCACUACUAGAGAAGUUUAAAAUUAAUGAAAUUAUACCAAAUCUUUGUUCGCAACAUCAAAAUAAUGGGACAGAAAGGGAAAGUACACAGCGAUUAGAUUCUAAUAGUUAUAUAGAAGUUAAAAAUCUAACAACUAAGAAAAGAAAGGGGCGUCCACGAGGUGCACGACGUAUUCUAUCUAGUAUUGAAGUUAAUCAGCAGUUAACUAAAUCUAGAAGUAAUAGGUGUAAGAAUUGUGGUGAACAAGGUUAUAACAUAAGAAGCUGUAAAAAGAAGCAUAACGAUUCUGAAUUAGAAAGUGAUAGUGCUGAUUCAGAAUCAGAAAACGAUAGUGAAAAUUUGACUGAAUCAGAUUUAGAAAAUAAAGAAAAUCAA